UUCCUCUCGUUCCGUCUCUCCGCCAUUCGCCAUUGCAUUCAUUGCAAUUAUAUUUUGACCACUUAAAAUACACUACACAGAGAGACGCAACCAUGUCUGGGGACCAUGAUGAGGAAGGCUGUGUUGUCAAAAUGCGUGGGCUUCCAUGGUCCACCACUGUUGAAGAAAUCUUGAAGUUUUUUGGUGGCUGCAACAUCAAGGGCGGGAAGCUGGGAAUUCAAAUGACCAUGUCCAGGGAAGGUAGGCCUAGUGGGGAGGCUUACGUAGAGAUGGAAACAGAAGAAGAUGUAGAGAUGGCGUGUAAGAAAGACAGAGAACACAUGGGUCAUAGGUAUAUAGAAGUAUUUCGUGCCAAAAGGUCCGAGAUGGACUGGGUGGUGAAGAGAAGUGGCCUGAAUAUGGAGCAUUCAAUGGACGAUGGCUGUGUUCGACUGAGAGGUUUGCCUUUCGGAUGCACUAAGGAAGAAAUUGCCAACUUUUUUGCAGGGUUGGAGAUAGUCCCCAAUGGCAUUAUACUUCCGACUGACUACAAUGGGCGGAGUACGGGGGAGGCUUACGUUCAGUUUGUAAACAAAGACGUGGCAGAAAAGGGUCUGCAGAAACACAAGGAAAAAAUAGGACACAGGUACAUUGAGAUAUUCCGGAGCAGUCUAGCAGAGAUCAGGUCUGCUGGACCAAAGAUGCGUCCGAUGGUUCCUGGAGGCUUCAACCAACGUCCGGCUCCUUACGACCGCAGUGACAGAUUUGGUGGCAUAAACCGCUACGGAGGCAACAUGGGCCCCAUGUCCAGGCCUUCCAGAAACUUCAAAGGCUAUGGUGACUUUGAUGAUGGUGGAUGGGAAGGCAAUGGGCCAUGGAGUAAUGGCAAUGGGCCGAGGGGAAUGCAGAGUCGUGGAGGACCAAAGGGUGGACCUUAUGGUGGAGGCAUGAACAACUCAGGGGGUUGGAACAACAGUGGACAACACAGUAUACACAUGCGAGGACUACCCUUCCGAGCACAACAGACUGACAUUGCAGAUUUCUUCAGACCGGUAAAUCCAGUGAACAUUCGCAUAGUGUACGAUGACAACGGGCGGCCAAGUGGAGAGGCGGAUGUAGAAUUUGCAUCUCACGACGACGCACUGCGAGCCAUGUCCAAAGACAAGAGUCACAUGCAACAUCGCUACAUCGAACUCUUCCUCAACUCCACCCCAGGCGGUGGCGGAUAUGGGAUGGGGAGCAAAUUCCGAGGUGGUGGAUAUUCAAACAGCAGCAGCAACAAUCUAGGUUUUAAGUACAGCUCUUUUUGAAUGUAAUUCAUUUCUAAAAUAAGGGUAUAAUAACACUAAUUAUUAAAGUGAUUUGUUCGGAUUGUAACAGUCUAGCACAAUAGAGAUCGGUGGCUACAGGGUCCGUAGUGUUGUUCUGUAACGUGAAACUAACUUCAAGUUUUUCUCUUUUGUCCAAUCAUUGAAGACUAGAUCAAUUAACUGUUGCCGAGACAGUUUGUAUAUUUCGUAUUAACUCAAAUGUGUUUUAGUUUUAAUCUUUUCUUUUUUUACUAUGUGGAUUUUUGUUGUGAUCACUUAAAAAUAAAUCUUGUCAUAAGUA